AUGACUUCUCACAUUCCGUCACCAGGAUCGACUUCGAUUCUGAUCCCAAAGCUCGAACCAGGCACCGAAUCAAACCCACAAGCCCUGAUUUCAUCAUCCUCCACCUUCAAUCUCAACAACCCACAAGUCGAAGAAACCUUCACCUAUCCUUUCUUCGACCCUAACUUGAGCACAGAAUACAACAACAUCAGAGAAACCUUCUGCUCCGCGUUCGCUCAAUCCCUCAAACGCCACGAGGAGGAGGACGUCACGCCGCUCGAUUCUCAAACCGGCGCAAUCGUACCGGUGGAAGAAGAGCAACCGCCGCUUCUGGUUUAUUACCCAACCGACGACGUUUCACCUUCCGUCGUCACGCGAAAGCCGCCGAAGCCAAAUCAACGAUCGUCUGAGCUCGUGAGGAUCACCGACGUUGGGCCAGAAGGAGAGAGACAGUUCCGUGAACACCUGAGGAAGACGAGGAUGAUCUACGAUUCUCUCCGGAUCUACUUGAUAAUGAAAGGUAAGCUUGAAGGAGCGGAGAGAGGAAGGAGAGGCAGUCCUGAUAGUAGCAAAGCCGCAUCGAUGAUGAAAGAUUGUGGCUUGUGGAUGAAUCGUGACAAACGAAUCGUCGGCUCGAUCCCCGGCGUUCAAGUCGGUGAUAUCUUCUUCUUCAGGCUUGAGCUUUGCGUUGUUGGUUUACAUGGACAGACACAAGCCGGGAUUGAUUUUCUCACAGGGAGUUUGAGCUCUAACGGUGAGCCAAUUGCUACAAGUGUGAUUGUUUCAGGUGGGUAUGAGGACGACGAUGAUCAAGGAGAUGUGAUUCUCUACACAGGACAUGGUGGGCAAGAUAAGCUCGGAAGGCAAUGUGAGCAUCAGAAGCUAGAAGGUGGGAAUCUCGCAUUGGAGAGGAGUAUGUAUUAUGGGAUUGAAGUGAGAGUGAUUAGAGGGUUUAAGUACGAGAACUCGGUUUCAAGCAAAGUUUACGUCUAUGAUGGAUUGUUUAGGAUUGUUGAUUCUUGGUUUGAUGUUGGGAAGUCAGGUUUCGGUGUGUUUAAGUUUAGGCUUGAGAGGAUUGAAGGGCAGGUGGAGAUGGGAAGCUCGGUGCUGAAGCUUGCCAAGACGCUUAAACUCGAUCCCAACUCUGUGAGGCCGAGGGGUUACAUGAGCUUUGAUAUCUCGAAUAGGAAAGAGAACGUUCCUGUGUACUUGUUUAACGACAUUGACAGAGAUCAAGAGCCUUUGUUUUACGAUUACCUUGUCAAGACUUCGUUUCCUCCUGGUUUGAUGUAUCAGCAGAGUGGUAACAACGCAAGUGGAUGCGGCUGUGUCUCGGGAUGUAGCAGCGGCUGCAUCUGUGCGGUCAAGAACGGAGGCGAGUUUGCUUAUGACUACAGUGGGAAUUUGGUGAGGCAGAGGCAGAUGAUACACGAGUGUGGACCUGCGUGUCAGUGCCCUCCGACUUGCAGAAACCGUGUGACUCAGAAAGGUUUAAGGAACAGGCUUGAGGUGUUUAGGUCGAGGGAAACAGGUUGGGGAGUGAGGUGUUUGGAUAUAUUGCACGCUGGUGCUUUCAUCUGCGAGUAUGUUGGUGUUGCUUUGACAAGGGAACAAGCUAACAUUUUUACAAUGAAUGGUGAUAAGUUGGUGUACCCUGCGAGGUUUUCUUCUGCGAGAUGGGAAGGUUGGGGAGAUGUGUCUCAGGUCAUUCCUGAUUACGAGAGGCCUUCGUAUCCUCGGAUCCCUCCUGUUGAUUUCGCAAUGGACGUGUCCAAGAUGAGGAAUGUUGCUUGUUACAUAAGCCACAGUACGUAUCCGAAUGUCAUUGUCCAGUUAGUGCUGCAUGACCACAACAAUCUGAUGUUCCCGCGUGUUAUGCUUUUCGCUGCUGAGAAUAUCCCUCCCAUGACUGAGCUCAGCCUUGAUUAUGGAGUAGAUGAUGAUUGGAGCCCCAAGCUUGCCAUUUGUAACUAA